UAAGCCAAUGUGUCAUCAGCACAACAAAGUAUGCCGGUCUGAGAUAGAGACGUCCCAGGAACCUUUCAUCCUUCACUGUGCUUUGAAAGAGAACGAGAAGAAGACGAAUAGUCUUCAUAGCCUCAGAAGGCGUAAGUGAAGACGCGAGCGAGUGAGUCUGGUUUGGAAGAGAGCCGCACGAGAGCCGGGGACCGCUGACAAAAUGGGGCUCGAGUUGUACCUUGAUCUACUCUCCCAACCCUGCAGAUCCGUUUACAUCUUCGCAAAGGCUAAUUCGAUACAAUUCGACUUCAAGAAGGUGGCCUUAGCAGAGGGUCAGCAAUAUGGAGAAGAAUUCGGCAAGAUUAAUCUAUUGAGAAAAGUACCUGCCAUGAAAGAUGGGGAUUUCACCCUUGCGGAAAGCAUUGCAAUUCUCUUGUAUUUGUGUCGAAAAUACCAGACUCCAGAUCACUGGUACCCGGAAGAUCCCAUAAAACGAGCAAGAGUGGAUGAAUAUCUGUCCUGGCAGCACUCAGCAAUGCGGGCACAUGCAGCCAAGAUGUUCUGGUUCAGGCUGAUGAUUCCUGUUAUAACCGGUGAAGAUGUCCCCAAACCCAAGAUGGAUUCAGCAAUGGAAGACUUGAACAACACCCUGCAAUUGUUUGAAGACAAAUUCCUUCAGGACCACCCUUUCAUUGUGGGUGACGAAAUCUCCCUGGCAGAUGUUGUGGCAAUUGUGGAAAUAAUGCAGCCACUUGGCUCUGGUCUGGAUGUCUUUGAAGGCAGGCCAAAGGUAGCUGCAUGGCGGGACAGAGUCAGAAACAAGAUUGGCCCCAAACUGUUUGACGAGGCCCACAAUGACAUCCUGAAUGCCAGAAAUCUUCCCGACACUUUUGAAAAGAAUGGCAUGCUGGAUUUUCUGAAGCCCAAGAUUCACAAGCUUUUCAAUUGAGAUUUGGUUAUCCUUUUAUUUUUUUUUUUUAAAAAGUAAAAAUGUUCAUUAUCCUUUGUGAUAGAGAGAGUUCUCAGCUAAGUGUGCAUUUUGACUGUUAAUUCAGAAAUAAGUGCCUUUUGGAAAAAAAAAAAAAAAAGCUAUUUGACAAAAAUAUACAUUGAAUAGCAUACAUACCUCGAAGUAUAAAGGUUUUUUGGUUUUUACUUAUGUAAAUGAAAAUUAUAUUUACUACUAGUUGUUAUAUGGCUAUAUAGAUUAUAAGUUAAAUGCAUGAAUCUAAAAUACCAUGCAUGUACAGUAAUUAAAGAUGUUCUAAGAUAUUAUAUGCAGGCUUUAUAAAUACAGCAUACCAUUUAGCCCGGGAUUUGAGACUUUUUUGGUGAAGAAAUUAAGACUUUGGUUAUAUGGGUGUCAACUGUGGUGUCGUAGAACUGCCUGUUGAGGUUUAAGCAGUUUUUUAUUUGUAAUGGCAUAAGUGAUGAUUAGAGCUUACGUUUUCCAUUCUAAUUAUUUAAUCCUUCCCUUUGCUGUCUACUACAUUACUUCAAAUAUAAAACAAAAUGAGUAAUAAACACCCUGUAGUUCACAAAAAGAGAAAUAAACCUAUUGUAGUUCACAAAUAUUAAAA